AUGCCCGCACCCCGUGCAGCGCCGUCGGGACGCGCGAGAGCAGCACAGGCUCGCAAGUCUGUCGUGCCAGACCCAGACUUGUACGCCCAGUCAGACUCGGACGACGACAACGCAGCGCCAGCCCGAUCCGCAUCCGCUGCCGCCGCGACCAAGAAGCGCAACAGCACGGGCAUCGUGCUGAAGACGGACACUGUCAAGGGAACCGUCACGGCGGAGAAUGGGCGCAGGAGAAGCACGCGACUCAGCGCAGAGAGCCAGGACGCUCUCGAGGCGGCGCGCGGGGGGCCGGCCACGGGCAAGGGGCGCGGCGCGCGUGGGACAGGCAAGGCUGCGGCAAAGGGCAAAAAGCGGGCCAAGCCGGAACCGGACGAGCGGGCUGACGCAGACGAGCACGACGAGCAGGACGCGUCGAGCCGGACGGGCGGGCGGGGUGUCAAGGGAGCGAGCAAGCGGGCGCGAAAGGACGACGAGCCAGCUGAAGAGGCAUCUACCAGUGCACCGGCGGCGUCUUCGAGCCAGGCAGGAGGAUCGGGGACGGCACCCGCACGACGAGGCUUUGUUCCUCGGGCUGUCACCGACUUGGCGACACGCGUCAACAAGCCUCCGCCGCAGUACUCGACCGUUCUCGUCGACCCCGAAGGAGACGACCCCGAUCCCUUCCCCUUCACCACAGCCCCGCCUACCCCGCAUGCUGCAGGCAAAGCAAAACGGUCUGCGACAGCCAAGCCGAAAGAUGCGCCUCGGGCGAAGGUCCCUCGAACGGCCCGUCAACCCUCCAUUUCUGACGAAGAAGACGCGACACCCCCAAACGGCAACCCCUCUCACCCCUCCACCUCUCGCACCUCCCGCAAAACCCCUCCUCGACCCGAUACCCAAACCGGCGUUUACGUGCACGAGACGCCUGUGCAGGUGAAGAAUAUUGCGAUGAGGCAGGGGAUGGGACCGGGGACGCCCGCGGCUGGGACGGCGAGGAAGAGCGUGAGGAGGAGCAGUGUGAGGGGGAGCGGGAAGAGGGGCAGCAGUAUCGGGAAUGGGUACGAAGCCGUCCCUCAUCCGCAAGUCGCAGACGACAAGCUCUACCGCUCUACCGACGCCGACGACCCCAUCGCAAAACGACUGCGAAGCAUCGUCUCGUGGGCGUCGCAGCGAACGCGGGACCGGGUGUUGCGGUCGGUAAAGGAGGGCGAGCGGGAGGAUCCGGCGGUCAAGGCGGCGGAGGAGAUCAUGUAUGGCUUCAUUGACGAUGUGUGCCGACUCAAGGUCGAUACGUCGGUGCCGUUCCGGGAACCGAGCCAGUCGCAAGAUCCCGACAGUCUACCGCCUCAUCCGCAGAACGAAAGCAAUGCGGCCAAGAUGAAGGAGCUCGAGGAGGCCUACGCAGCGAUCGCGACGGAGCAAACACUGCGACAAUCCCUCGAUCCCGUCUACCAAUCCUUCUUCGACGCUAGGACAGCCGCACAUCAAACUGCCUCGACGUCCUACUCCUCGCUCCUCCCUCCCGCCCUCUCCGCAUCGACAUCCAAAAACCCUCCGACACCCGCAACCUACGCCGCCUCGCUCGACCUGUCGCUUCCUACGCCUACAAGUCUCGACGAAGCACUCGCGCUGGGACGGAGACUGUUGCAGGGCGAGGGAGUGCGGGAAGGUGUGCCUGCGAAGGGGAAGAAGGGCGCGAAGGGCAAGGGGAAGGAGAAGGAUACAGGAGCGGCGGAGACGGCGCAGGAUGUGCUACAGCGGCGGAUUACAAAGGCGCAGGUCGACACCGUCGCACUUCGACAUCUCACCCACCGACUCUCCUCUUUCACCCGCCUCGCCUCGUCGUACAUCGCACAUCGAUCCUCCGAGACCCACACCGCUCUUGCGCGACACACGCAACAGGGCCUGCUCGGUUCGACAGGCGAGACGGAGGGAGCGAAAGGAGCGGGCGAGGCAGGAGGGUCAGGCGGAUCAGGUUUGGCGGCUGCGACGCAGGCGACGGUGGGUGCCGAGGGCGCGGUGCUCGACCCGCGAGACUUGCUGCGUGCAAUCUCGGCGACGGAUGCGCGAUGA